AUGAAAAAACAUUUGUCUAUUUUCCUUAUAUUUCUAAUCAAUUUUUCACUUCAACAAUGUUCACAACGAGAAAAAUUGGAAAAUCGAGAAUUUGUCAAAACUUUGUUUGUUUUUAUUGCCCCUAGUAAUCCUGUCUUUAUUUAUCGGCCUUCAGAAGAUGAUGUGAGUUUUUUUUUUGAAAAUUGAUUUGUAUGGUGUGCUUUUGCAAUUGAAAUGAAAAAGUUCGUAAAUCUAUAUGAUGCACAAAAAACAUUUGAAAAAGUUCGAAUCUCGCAGAAGCGAUUGAAAAUGAAUUUCAGAUGAAAAGAUUCAGGAUUUUGUACGAACAAGUGAUGUGUGAAAUUCCAACUUAUGACAAAUUCAAAUAUAUGACUGUGAUAAACCAGAAAAAAUCGGAUGGAUCAAUAAAUCAUAAUUUUGAACUAGAAAUCGACUGGAAUUCAGCCAGAAAUAAAAUCAAGUCAAGUUCCGGUGAGUUUGUGAAAAUAUUGUGA